UAUGUUCUUUAUUCAAUAUGAUUUUCGUGAAGUGCGUGAUAUUGUGUUUUAUAUAUGAACGGUGAAUUUUAUUAAUGAUACCAAUUGGAUUCUCAUAAGCUUGCCGCAAAUCCGGCAACUUGCGGCUUCUCUCACUCAACGCAGCUAUCAUGAAAGAGAAAAGCAAGAACGCAGCAAGAUCCAGGCGGGAGAAGGAGAACGCGGAGUUUCUGGAGCUGGCAAAACUUCUUCCACUACCGUCGGCCAUCACCUCUCAACUCGACAAAGCGUCCGUCAUCCGCCUCACCACGAGCUAUCUGAAGAUGCGCCAAGUUUUCCCUGACGGACUAGGUGAUGCUUGGGGAGCUGCACCACCACCUCCAACCCCCCGGGAGCUGUCCAUCCGGGAGCUGGGCUCACAUCUUCUCCAGACGCUAGACGGGUUCAUCUUCGUUGUGGCUCCAGACGGGAAGAUCAUGUACAUCAGUGAAACUGCUUCUGUUCAUCUUGGUUUGAGUCAGGUAGAAUUGACCGGCAACUCCAUUUACGAAUACAUCCAUCAAGCAGACCAUGAGGAGAUGAAUGCAGUCCUAAGUCUUCAACAUCCACACUCCUAUCUGGGACACCAAUUCCCUAACCUUGGGUAUCCAGUCGGAGGCAACUGGAGUACCAGCGUUGAUGUGGAGUGUGAACGAGCCUUCUUCAUCAGGAUGAAAUGCGUUCUGGCCAAACGAAAUGCUGGAUUGACAUCUUCAGGUUAUAAGGUGAUCCACUGCUCCGGGUACCUGCGCGCGCGCCGGUUUGGAGAGAGUUCGGCCCCGCUUGGAUUGGUCGCGGUCGGUCACUCUCUCCCCCCGUCAGCAGUGACAGAGUUAAAGCUACAUUCAAACAUGUUCAUGUUCCGAGCUUCUUUGGAUAUGAGGCUUAUCUUCUUGGACGCAAGAGUGGCGUCACUGACGGGCUAUGAGCCCCAGGACCUGAUAGAGAAGACCCUGUACCACUACAUCCACGGAACUGAUGUUCUACACAUGAGAUACUCCCAUCACACAUUGUUGACGAAGGGCCAAGUGACGUCACGCUACUACAGGUUCCUCACCAAGACGGGCGGUUGGGUCUGGAUGCAGAGCUAUGCGACGAUCGUACACAACUCAAGGUCCUCGCGGCCUCACUGCAUCGUCUCUGUCAACUAUGUACUCAGCGACAUCGAAGAAAAACACCUCAUACUAAACGUAGACCAAGGACCACCGAAAUUAAAUAGCCACGAGACGCCGACACCACACGCGCACACAUCGCCACAAAUGACACACGUAAGACACGCGGAUAAACUCAACCACAUCGUCAGUGAAGACUUCAAUACAGACUCCGGUGGGGGGUACGCGUACCCAGAUUACACACUCCCAAUAAUCCCCCCGUACGAAACACAAGAAGACUUCCAAAAUGGCUACCAAGAGAUAUUCUACGGCGAAAACUAUACGGAACCAGAGGUACCUAAUUACGCGUAUCCCCAAAACCAACGUCCCUUCUCCGCUAGUUCAUCAUCAUGUAGCUCAAUAGAAAGUUCCGAAGUCAACCAACAGUUUAACUACACUAAUUUAAUUUCAUUCUACGGCCAGCAGAAUCAAAAUGGCCGACCGAUGGACAGCAGUUUUGGCGGGAAUUUUGGCAAAAUGACGCCAAGCCCUUCUGUACAAGAAGCCGCUUACACGAGCGUUAUUGUAGAUAAUACUCAACAGUUUCAUCACCACAGUAGUAAUGUUAACGAAUUUGUACAUUGAAUCAACGUCAGAUAUUUAUUUGAAACAAGAGUGACAGCUGUCAUUUUGAGAUGUCAGACUGAAAGUCGAAACAAAGCGUAGAGAAUAUCCAAAUAUUAAAUGGCAGAUAAUUUAUUGUUUAAUGAUAAGCAUAUUUAGAUGAGGCCUUGUACAGAUUUAUGAACUCUAAAUAUCAUCGAUGUUUUGGUAUCAACUAUUUCUUUCUAUUUUGUAGAAAAUAAUAGUCGAACUAACCGAAAUUUUAGAAACUGGAUGGGAAGUGGAAGACUUACCUUGUCACGCACACUAAAGUAUUAUUUCUGGCCUGCUUUUAACAGCAAGAGACUCUAUCUAGACGUAUAAAUCUUCAAAGGGGAAAACAAUUUUCUGUAAAGGACUGUUUUAACUUUUCCCGCAUUUUAUUGCCGGAUGCCAAGGUUCUAUUUGCGGUUUAUUUGACUCCGCCGUUUUUAUCAGUGUUGGAAGUAAUGUAAAAUAAUAAUAUAAAAAAAGCCAGAAGUAACAGAAACAGAUAGAGAUAUUGUUUUUAGAAGAUAUAGCUGAUGUUUUCUCUAGUGAAGUGUCGAACUUGACAUAUUCUAUUUUCUCAUUGGUUUCGUGGUCAAAAGUCAACACCAAAUCAAUGUUUAUUUGUUUAGUCAUCAUUGGCUUAUUAUAAACAACUAGACUCCCAAUCGCAUAUUAAAAGGUCGAUAAAAAAUGUUUGAGCGGCGUUGUAUAUACGUAUAUAGAUAAUAUUAAGACGUUCAAAUUAACACCUUAUUUCGUGGCAGUAAUGUUCAAAGUUUAUUGUAUACGCUCAUUAGAAGCUCGGACGCGAACACGAGGCAAGAACAUUUUGUGUUAGCAAUUGAAAUAUAAUUAUUUAGCAAAGUAAAUAAAAACGUCAAGUUAGUUACAAAAUUUUGUUAAUUUAAAGGGGCACACACCUGAAAUACAACACUACAUCCUUAUUAAGUUUUAUAUAUGCUGUUAUUUGGAUAGUUGUAAUGAACCCUUUGUCAUUCCGAGGCGUUGUAUUCAAAGCGCGGUCGAAACACAUCUGAACAAAAACUCAGCGUAAUAGACGCGUAGGCAGAGUUUUGUUUCAGAUAAUUUUUGAGCGAGAUUGUGAGUCUAGUUGCUUAUUAUACUAUAAGUAAUAGAUAAAUAGGAUAUACUUGUACUAUUUAAAGUAUGUUCAAAUGAAACGAUAUUUUAAGUUUUUCUUCCACCAUUUAUUUUGUUUAGAUAAGUGCGUGUGAAUAUGAAAGAAAUAAGCAAUAUUUAAGGCUUGGAUGUUUCUUUGGAGUUUAGACAUCAUUACGAAUAUCAGACCCCUGAUUUUAAUUGAUGUGUCAAUAUUAUUAAAAUAUGACCGGUUUGCAAGACAAAUCAGGUAUGAAUAAUUUAAGUAACCUAUGAUUCUGUAAAGGCAAAAAUAUUAGCCAUUCUCAGCGGAAAUAAUAUUUAGUAUUAGCCUAUAUCUUCCACCAGAGGGCGAUGUUAAGUACUUUACCGCCAGUUUCAUUGUGAGGCGCUAUUGAUUAUUAUUUAUUAUAGAUUUCAUACUUGUUCCCAUAUUCUAGGACUCUUGGUAUAACCUCGUCAGUCAGAACCCUGACCUAUUGUGGAGUACGACUAGCGUGAUAAAGUCUUUCUUUCAUAUUUGACAUAACCACUUCAAAAUAAUUUCUUUCUCAACAAAUAUCGAAAUAAUGCUUCCCUACAGUUUAUUUAUCAUUAUUUUUAUAUACCCUAAAGAAAAACUAAAUAGACCAAUAAUAACUUGACCGCUAAGCUGUCCCCCUGAACCGCACAGAGGUCAAGUGACCUCUACUAACAAAAUGACGUUUGAUGCGCGUUCAGUCGGCAUUCAGACACACAAGCGAGACGAACAAAUGCCAAAAGUAAACGUCAAUAACAUUACCUAUCACAGCUAAGUACAAUUGACUGAGUUUACUUAAUUAAUAUAUAAAUUAAAACGUAUUUUAUUGUGUAUAAUGCUACUAAAUCAGGGCAGUAACUGCUACAACACUAUCACAUCAUUGAACUUAGUCGUGUAUAUAUACCGUGCAGGGAAACGAUGACGCGUCAUACCGUUUUUGGCGGGAAGCGUUGUGAUUGGUUUAUUUUGAUCGCGUCAUGGACGCCGCGCCCGUAUACCCCACGCGUUGACGCGGACUCCAUAGUAAUAUGUAAUUUGUUGGUCUAAUCUCUUUAAAUGUCUAUGAUUUUCCCCAUUAGAAGCAUUUUUAUGUCUUUUCCUUUACUGCUAUAUUGCUCAGACUAUUUAUUCUGUGCCACGAUUCAUCUUCACUUUUUAUAGUAACAAUUUACAAUAUAAAUAUAUGAUUGAUACCAUAAUGUCAGAUGUAUAAAAACAAACAAAAUUAUUUGCGAAUACUUAGGGAAGCAUUCGAUAUUCAAAUAAUUCAUAAGUUCUCUUGUUUACAUAAUUUGUAUAAUAAUAAUAGGCUGCCAGAAAAAAUAAAACCAUUAGACGUACUUAAAACAAUAAUAAUUCUUGUCACUUGAAACGGUAAUGUUUCAUCUAAUUUAAUUAAGUAUAUUAUAUUGCAGUUGUAAAUAUUUGUACAUAGGAUACAGAAUAUAUUUAUAUAAUAAAUUAUAUAAAGUAGAUUUUAAGCUUUUAAUAACUCUCUUUCAGUCCACUUUAAAUCUAACGAAACAAUAUUCACACAGUAAUCCUAGGUCUUAUGUGAAUGCUGUGAACUUUAAGGGUAUUUUUUAAGGGAACGAAACGGAUUGUCUCGAUUUCCGGCGAACCUAAAAGUCCUAUGGAAAAAAUUUAAAUAGGAUAGGUAAUAAAAAGAUCUACAACUUUUGUCUUUACACUCCUUUCAAACAACUUCACAAUUUAUGUGAAAAAUUGAA